UAUAGAUCCCUUAUUGUGACAAUUUUCUCGGUGAUAUUUGUGGGAAGAUUUUUUUAGAAGGAAUUGUCAAAUUUAAUGUACAAAAAAAAUAAUUGAAAAUCAAAAUUUACAUUAAAGGAAUUGGAAUUAGUUCAUGGGCUUUGGCUAACAAGAAACUUAGGUGUUUGAAACAUUGACGGGAGCGAGCAGCAGAAGAGUUGGAAAAAAGAAAAAAGUGCGUCUUUGUAUAAGUGUGUGCGUGUAAAUGUGAAUGACAAGAAGAGGUCCGAUAUCGGUGUGUGCAAAAGUGCUGGAAUUUCAAUUUAAGGCAAAAAGCCGACAUCAGCAGCAGCAGCAAAAGAAGCAUUGAAGAGGUGUAUAAAAUCACAAGACAGACAAACCUAAAAAAACUAUAUUAACAAAAAGGAAGAAAAUACAACAAAUACAUGCUUGGCGUUGGUGGCUGCUACAACACUUGCCAGUGAAUGUUGCUAAUGUUGAUUCAUUAAUUUCGCCCCAUCAUAAUUUCUUUUGGUGACAACAAAAAAAAAAACGUAAUACAUCUGAGUAACUCAAAGAGGGCGGGGUGUUGUUUUUUAUAUUGUAAAAAGAACGAAACAAAAAACGUCAAGGAGGCCUACUGGGCAACGAGAAAAAAACUUGCAGCUCUAUCAGCAACCACAUGUUAUUUUAGUUGACAGGAGAGAAAUUUAUUCCUUUUUGUGUUUAUCAAUCGUCAUCACACUGCUGCUGCCCAGCCCGCUGUCUCCAAACAUAAGCCGGCCAGCAUUUAUUAUUAUUGCCUUUUUGAGAAAAUAGAGAAUUUCAAUAUUUUCCUUGGUGGCUAUUUUUUGAAGUGAAAUAAUUAAAAAGCUAUGAUUUUGUUGGAAAUCAAUAAUCGUAUCGUCGAGGAGACGUUAUUGGUGAAGUUCCGUAAUGCCUUGGCCGGAUUAAAACCAGAAUCAAUAGACAUUAAAAUAGCAGACUUUGAUGGUGUGUUAUUUCACAUAUCCAACAUAAAUGGUGAUAAGACAAAAGUUCGAACAAGCAUUUCUUUAAAAUUCUAUCAACAAUUACAAGAACAUGGUGCCGAUGAAUUGCUCAAGCGUGAAUAUGGCAGUCUGUUAACUGAAACGGAAGAUGGCUACAAUGUAUCCGUACUUAUUAAUUUAGAAGAUAUACCCUCAGACUGGGAAGAUGUUGCCAAAAAGAUUGGCUUGCUGAAGCGUAAUUGUUUUGCGUCCGUUUUCGAAAAGUAUUUCGAUUUCCAAGAACAAGGUGAAGAGGGCCAAAAACGUGCUGUUAUCAAUUAUAGAAACGAUGAGACUUUGUAUGUUGAGGCCAAAGCGGAUCGUGUUACUGUUGUUUUUAGUACCAUUUUCCGUGAUGAAGAUGAUGUUGUUAUAGGUAAAGUUUUUAUGCAAGAAUUGCGUGAAGGUCGUCGUGCAUCGCAUACUGCACCACAAGUGCUCUUUUCCCAUCGUGAACCACCAUUAGAAUUGGCCAACACGGAGGCUAAAGUUGGCGAUAAUAUUGGUUAUGUUACAUUUGUGCUCUUUCCACGUCAUACUAAUAAGGAAACUAGAGAUAAUACCAUUAAUUUAAUACACAUGUUCCGAGAUUAUUUGCAUUACCACAUUAAGUGUUCAAAGGCUUACAUUCACUCAAGAAUGCGUGCAAAAACUUCCGAUUUCUUAAAGGUCCUCAAUCGUGCAAGACCCGAACACAAGUCCCUAGAAAAGAAGACCAUAACGGGGAGAACAUUUAUACGCAAAGAAUGAUUUAUGGACAAUGUCUAGUUGUUUUUUUUAUUAAUGUAUUAAUUUUUGUAAUAUUAAACGAAAUAAAUAUAUAAAUGGAACAUGCGAAAAUAAUAAUAACAAUAAAGUGAAAAGAGAAUAAAAGUUACAAUUAACAUUUCCAAAAAUUACACAAUUAAAAAAAAAAAAAACAAAAAUAAACAAACAAUUCAACAUCAUCGCCAUGAGAAUUCUCAUUUUGAUAGUAACAAUAAAAAAUAACAACAACAAAUUGUUUAACAAAAAUUAACAAAAAAGAAGGAAAACACAACAACCAUACAACGCCAAUAUCUUUGUCGCAACCAAAUUUAAGGUAUUCCAAAAGUUAAAACUUUGUCUUAUAAAAAGUAAAAAAAAAAAAACUCCCCAAAAAUAUGGAAUCAUGAACACGAAAAACCCAAAACACACAUAUAUACAUACGGAACUAUGAACUAAUAACAAUUAUUAUUAAUAAUAAUGUGGUU